AUUAGCGAUGACUUGGAAAUGCAAAGUGAUUCAAACAUGUCAGAGCAGUCCUGGCGUUCAGCGUGGGACCGUGGUGCUAUGGAAAUUGAGCGGGGGAUGCUUCCUGUAGUUGGAACCGCUUGUUCUGGAUCUGGCGCGCCAUGCCACGCUUUGGCACAGCUGGUUGGGGAUGCAAACUACAAGGAGCUGUUCGCCAGUGAGAUCCAUGCAGGGGCGAGGAGCUUCCUGUUGGAGAACUACAACAUCGAGCACCUGUAUCACAACAUGCUCUCGGCUAGGAAGCUAAGACUGGCGGAGCUUGUGCAGUACACCGUGAAGAAUGUCCUCCAGCGCAUGAAUAUCACCAGGAUUGCAAUCCUGGAGAAUGUCAUGGGCAUGACCAAACGAGCGGCGAAAACGUCGUCCUCAGCGGAAUAUAAGGCGCCGCUGGAUUUUGUAUUGAAGGGUGUUCUUCAAAGCGAGGAUGGGGAGGAAGAGGAGAUCGGGCUGGAGCUCAUCGAUGGCUAUGCAGUUUGUGUUUACAAACUCCAGUCAAAGAGUUUUGGCCUUGGUCAAACUCGCACACGUCUUUAUUUCGUGAUGGUGCACGAAUCAGUUGGAGACACGGGCACUCUCGAUCACAUUGGGUCUCUCCUGGACAAGUUUCAAUCUGCAAUCCGACCAGAUGAUGGUCCAGUGUGGCAAGCUAUGCAGUAUGCCGCUGGUUCCGGCCAUGGAUGGGUGUCUGAAACAACACCACCAGCUCUGUCCUAUGUGACCAGUGGCAAAACCCGGACAGAGUUUGACAAAUUGAAAACGGAUCUUGGCUUUGAGCACGCGUCCUUGGAAGAGUACCACAAGUACUCCACAUGGUGCAAGCAAAGAUUUGGCGAUAUGUGGCUGUGCGGUAUGAACGGCCGGGAAGUAGAACAAUUGGACCUUCUUUGGCAUAUGACAGAGGUUGGUGAGAGGGACCGCCUUGUCACUGACAUAAUCAAGUCACUUCGGCGUGGAGCACACAGAUCAGAUGGGCUUGCGCCCACGUUGACCACCAACUCCAAAGUGUAUGAUUUCAAGUUUCAUCGACUCCUCACGCCUCCAGACAUGCUUGCUUUGCAUGGUUUUCGUUUGGACCACAUCAAAUUCCCAUUGGGAAGCAAGAGGUCCUUGUACAGCAUGCUGGCAGGAAAUGCGAUGUCAGUUCCAUGCAUUGGAGCUGUGUUGACAUCCGCCCUUUUGACUUGCAAUGUACGUGAGUGCUUUCGUGUGGCUAUGACACCAAGCCCUAUGCUCCAAAUGUCCAGCCACGAAAGCAGUAGUGAUGAUGGGGAUUCAAAUGGUUCAUCUGAACCAGGAGGAUAUUCCGAAGCUGUGCGACAAGCAUGGCCCACUGUGUCUCAUGCAGGAUCUGGAUUUUCACCGAAAGAAUUGCGCAAUUUUUUGCAGAAGCCAGGAGGGUCAGUCCUCUAG